AUGCCUGAUGCAACACUGAGGGAUCUUCACAAGCAGGAGCGACAAUUGUGGAAAACCUUGGAGACGAUUCAGGCAUUCACGGUAGCGGAUGGGACGGAUCGCGAUGAGCAUCAGAUCGAGGUGAGGCUCGCCAUGCUGGAAGGUGUAUUGAACAAAUUUUAUAUAGUGAGGAGACAGAUUGAAGCGGCGGCAGAAAGUGCAGCAGAGAAGCCUGAAAGCAGUGAGGAAGAUCGAGAUGAAAAAGAUUUCCGUGUCUUCUCCAACUUCGAGAAUCUGUACUACGACAUCAAAUCUGCGCUGAUCCGUCUACGAUUCCAACACAGUCCGUGUUCCAGUUCUAUUGUUCACUCGUCAAAUCCAACAGCACCGACAUCAAGGGUGCGUUUACCUGACAUCAAACUUCCAACAUUUUCUGGACAGUUAAUGCAAUGGGUAACUUUCCGAGACACGUUUCGUUCCCUAAUCCACGACAAUCAUGCAUUGUCAGCCAUUGAUAAAUUCACCUACUUACGCACUUCACUGACGGGUGAAGCACUACAAGAGAUUGGUGCCAUCGAUCUCACUGCUGUGAAUUAUGAAGUGGCGUGGGAUACUUUAGAAAAGCGGUAUGACAAUAAAAAACUAAUUCUGAAAACUCAUCUGGACGUGUUAUUUGCAGUGGAACCAGUAAAAAGAGAGCAGUUUGAAUCACUAAACCAUCUACUUUGCACAUUUGAUAAAAACCUUCAAAUGAUCAACAAGAUCGGGGUAUCGACAAGAGAAUGGUCAGUAUUACUUGCUUACAUUUUAAACUCCAAGCUCGAUCCUAUAACCCGUAGAAGUUGGGAAUCGCACCACAACAGUAGAAAUUUUGUGAAAUAUGAAGAAUUAUUAGAAUAUCUCCGUGAUCAUUGCGCAGUCUUGCAGUCGAUCAGUCCGUCUUCAAACUUCGAACGCCAACAAGCCAAAUUAAUCUCUAGCCACACGAUUUCAGUGGAUGUUGGGUGCAAUUUUUGUGGUGGGUCAAGACAUAGCGUUUUCCAAUGUACAGUAUUCCGGCGGAUGAGCACGGAUAACCGCAUUGCAGCUGUUAAAACAAAUAAGCUCUGUUUCAAUUGUCUGGCAUCGGGACACAUAGUUAAUAAAUGUAGCAAGGGUUCCUGCUCAAUUUGUAAAAAUAAACAUCAUACAUUACUGCACGAUGCCUUUUCAACUCAGCAAUUAUCAGGACAAACGACGACACGACCUCGCACAGCUUCACGCGACUUGACGAGACCUUACGCGACCUCACACGACUUGACGAGACCUCACGUAGCGAACUUUCAACGUACUUCACCACCACAAUUUAAGUCACAAAGUCAGAACCCUGCCACACCAACUCAAUCCACACGACACCUUACACAAACUCUUGCUCAAGGCAGCAUCUCACGACCCGCCACAGACAAUACAGCAUUAUGCAAUCAAUCUCUCACACCGUCAGACUCAAGACAUUAUUCUCAAGACGUUCUAUUAUCGACUGCUAUUGUACGCAUCCGUGAUCAACACGGCCAUGAACUACCAGCGCGAGCGUUGCUGGAUAGCGCGUCUCAGCGAAAUUUGAUGACGACAGCAUUUGCCCAGAAAUUAAGGUGCAAACGUAUUGCAAGCUAUUUGAGGGUUAAAGGAGUUGGAUCAUCAGAGACAAUAUCCACGAACGCAGUGCUAGCUACAGUCUCCUCGUUUUCUUCGCAAAACACGCAGUACUCGGAGGUCAUGAGUUUUCACGUGCUAUCCAAAGUCACGUCGAUUGUACCAUCUAAACAAAUAGACACACAGCAUAUUACAUUUCCAACCGAACUUGAACUGGCUGAUCCGCUCUUCAAUACGCCCGGGCCCAUCGAUGUAAUCAUAGGGGCUGAACAUUAUUAUGAACUCCUAUCAGAAGGAAAAAUGAAAUUAGGUCACUAUGGCCCUAUUAUUCACAACACUGUUUUCGGUUGGGUGGUAUCAGGUGUAGUCGAUAUUGAAUCAGCAGGUUUACCCACAGUAGUCGUUCAUACCAGUUCCGUGGAAUUAGACCAAUCAUUUGAUCUUCGAGAUCAGUUAUCCAAAUUCUGGGAUCUGGAAGAGUGUCAUGUCAAAACAGCCCUUUCAGCUGAAGAAGCAGCAUGCGAAAAAUGGUUCAAAACCACGACAUUCCGCGAUUACACUGGAAGAUUUAUUGUAACUUUGCCGAAAAGGCAAGAAUUAAUUCACAAGCUCGGUGAUUCAAGAGCAACCGCCAUCAAGCGAUUCCUUGGGAUGGAGAAGCGUCUCCAAGCAAACGCCGAAUUGCAAACCAUGUAUGGCGAUUUCAUCGAUGAAUAUCAGCAGAUGGGUCACAUGGUAGAAGUAGAGGAGGAUACUGGUGAAUAUGUAUACUAUUUACCACAUCAUGCCGUAAUCAAGCCUGAUAGUUCAACAACGAAGCUAAGGGUUGUUUUUGACGCCUCAUGUUCGACUUCCACCGGUGUGUCGUUGAACGAUAUUUUAAUGGUCGGACCUGUGGUACAGAACAGCUUACUUACCAUAAUUAUGCGCUUCCGCCUACAUAGAUACGCUGUGGUUGCCGAUAUUGCAAAAAUGUAUCGCAUGGUCAAUGUCAACCCUAAAGAUCAUAAUCUACAACGGAUUCUCUGGAGAAAAUCACCCUCGCAUCCUAUUCGAACCUAUCGACUAACAACCGUGACUUACGGAACUGCUAGCGCUCCAUACUUGGCUACCAAAUGCUUGCAAACACUGGCAGAAUCCGGAAAGAUUUCUCAUCCGGUUGCUUCGAACGUCGUUGGAAACGACUUGCACGUUGAUGAUUUACUGUCAGGCGGUGAUUCCGUUGAAGAAGCACAGGAACUGGUGGCAGAAACCUGUGAUUUGUUGAAUACCGCUGGUUUUACUUUACGAAAAUGGAAAAGCAAUCAUGACGCAGUGUUGGACGGUGUUCCUGCAGAGCUUUGCGACGAUAGAAUGGCGAAAGAGCUGGAUUCAUCGAGUGCGACGGUUAAAACACUAGGUCUCGUAUGGGAGCCAGUAACGGAUGAUUUCCGCUUCAAAACACCGCAAUGGCGCAACGAACCGUCUAUUACCAAACGAAUGGUGCUAGCAGACACUGCUCGAAUUUUUGACCCGCUUGGUUUAAUCUCACCCGUAGUGGUAUUAGCAAAAAUCUUUCUUCAGGAGUUGUGGAAAGAACAAACUGCCUGGGAUGCAACCUUAUCUGAACCGAAGCAAAAGUAUUGGUUAGAGUUUAGGAAAAACAUGACCAGUCUUGAAGACAUCAGAGUCCCAAGAUGGAUUGGGUAUGGUAGACAGGCAGUAAUGGAGCUUCAUGGUUUCUGUGACGCCUCUGAGAAGGCGUACGGGGCCUGUAUCUACGUGCGUACUAUUUGGAAAGAUACGACCGUCACUGUACGUCUGUUAACGUCUAAAUCAAAGGUGGCUCCAUUGAACGACCUGAAGCGUAAGCAGAGAAAACAGUCCAUUCCUAGACUAGAAUUAUCCUCAGCGUUAUUACUAUGUCAUCUUUAUGAGAAAGUAAAGAGUAGUCUGCCACUCGCCGUAGAAUGUCAGUUCUGGACUGACUCAAUGAUAGUCUUAUAUUGGAUAAAAUCUUCUCCGUCUCGAUGGCAGCCGUUUGUAUCAAACAGAGUGGCUGAGAUUCAGCAGGUAACCACAGACAGCAAAUGGGAACACAUUGCUGGGGUAGAAAAUCCCGCAGACGUAAUCAGUCGCGGCAUGGUUCCAGCUCAACUAAAAAAUUUCUGUCUAUGGUGGAGUGGUCCACUAUGGUUGAAACAAAAUCGCUCAACAUGGCCGCAAGCUGACGUCACAUCAUCUGAAGAUCUUACCUCAGCGCUCCAGGAGCAGAAGGCGACAGUAUCCCUUCCAUUGCAGGUGACUCCAUCUAACGACCUAUUUUCGUUGCGCUCAUCAUUGUUAUCCCUCGUUCGAUUGAUUGCACUUCUGUACCGAUUCGUGCAUAACGCAAAUCCCGUUAACCGAAAUAAUAAAUUUCAUGGGUUCAUCACGUACAAAGAACAUGAAUCGGCAUUACUGAAAUUAGUGCGACUGUCGCAGACUGAAUGUUUUCCCACGGAAAUGAGCGAACUUGCAAAUAGUGACCAGGUUAAAGAGUCAUCGAGAAUCAAUGCACUGAAUCCAAUUUUAAUAGAUGGAAUAAUACACGUUGGUGGCCGACUACAUAAUGCGACAGUUUCAGCAGGAAGAAAGCAUCCCAUCAUUUUAGAUCAUCGUCAUCCGUUAACAAAGCUUAUUAUGCGCCAUUAUCAUCAUAAGUUCUUUCACGCUGGACAACAGCUUCUGAUAUCGUGCGUUAGAGAACGCUUUUGGCCAUUGAAUGCCCGUCGCAUUGCACGUCAGAUAAUACACGAAUGUGUGCCAUGCUUCAGAUGCAAACCCAAGGUGGAAGAUCAGUUGAUGGCUGAUUUACCACAGGAGAGGGUGAAUCCAGCGCCAGCCUUUCUGAAGGUAGGCGUCGAUUAUUGUGGACCCUUCCUCAUGUCCUACCCAGGUCGAAAGAUUAAGCCUUCGAAAUGCUUUGUUGCCAUGUUCGUAUGUCUUGUUACCAAGGCUGUCCAUAUGGAAGUUGUUUCAGACCUUACCACACAAGCCUUCCUCGCUGCACUAAAGCGAUUCAUUGCGCGUAGAGGCAAACCACAGAUAAUAAUGUCGGAUAAUGCCAAAAAUUUUGUUGGAGCGAAAAGAGAAAUUGAUGAGUUGGCAAAAAUGUUCAAGAACCAACAAUUUCAAGAGACGAUGACGAGACACCUGAUCAACGAUAGAAUUGAAUUUAAAUUUAUACCAGCGAGAUCACCCAACUUCGGUGGCCUUUGGGAGGCAGCCGUUAAAUCGUUUAAAGGCCAUUUCAAAAGGACGAUUGGCACGCGUACUCUCCAUCACGAUGAAUUCGCCACCACCAUUGCUCAAAUUGAGGCGUGUUUGAACUCACGGCCAUUAACACCGCUUAGCAGCGAUCCCAAUGACUUGGAAGUACUUACCCCAGGUCAUUUCAUUGUACAACGACCCCUUAUGUCUAUAGCGGAGCCGUGUCUAGAAGGAAUAGUAGAAAAUAGACUAUCCAUGUGGCAAAGAUCGCAACAUUUCGUGCAGCAAGUGUGGAAAAAGUGGUCGUCAGAAUAUUUAUCGACUCUGCAUAGUCGAUCGAAAUGGACCCGACGUCGCAACAACCUGGCCAUCGGAACGAUGGUGCUUUUGAAGGAGGAAAAUUUACCUCCUCUCAAAUGGCAGCUAGGUCGUGUAACAAAAAUUUACACCGGAAGCGAUGGAAAUGUACGGGUCGCCGUUGUACGAACGAAGGACGGAUCAUACGAAAGAGGAAUUUCCAAAAUUUGCGUCCUACCCAUCGAAGAAAACCAACCAUCUCCACAAAAAGAGAUCUAG